GAGUGGAAAGCAGGCCACCCGAGAGCAUGGAGGAUUCCCGGGCACUGGAGUCAGUCUGCUAGCUGUGCCUGGGAGACCUCCAGGAACCCUGGAACCCUGUGAGCUUCCGGGGAAGCCUAUUGUGACACGAACUGGCCCACGGAGGCUCAUCGAGCUGUCUUGUGUCACUCAGGAGGGGGUGCUGCAGACAUGUUCAACCCACAGGCGCUAGAGUCCCCUGCUGUCAUUUUUGACAACGGUUCCGGGCUCUGUAAGGCAGGGCUGUCUGGGGAGAUUGGGCCUCGGCAUGUCACCAGCUCCGUCGUGGGACACCCGAAGCUCAAGAUGGCCUCGGCGGGAGCCAACCAGAAGAAAUACUUUGUUGGGGAGGAAGCCCUGUACAAACGGGACACCCUGCGCCUGCACUCGCCCAUCGAGCGGGGCCUGGUCACCAGCUGGGACGAUGUGGAGAAGCUCUGGAGACAUCUCUUCGAGUGGGAGCUGGGCGUGAAGCCCAGCGAGCGCCCUGUGCUCAUGACGGAGCCCUCCCUGAACCCCAGGGAGAACCGAGAGAAGGCAGCAGAGGUGAUGUUUGAGACCUUCGAGGUGCCCGCCUUCUACCUGUCAGACCAGGCGGUGCUGGCACUCUACGCCUCGGCGUGCGUCACGGGCCUGGUGGUGGACAGCGGGGACGGGGUCACCUGUACCGUCCCUAUCUUUGAGGGUUACUCCCUGCCUCACGCCGUCAGCAAGCUUUAUGUGGCCGGCAGAGACAUCACAGAGCUCCUCACGAGGCUCCUCCUGGCCAGCGGGAGAGCCUUCCCGUGCCCUCUGGAUAAGUCCUUGGUGGAUGACAUCAAGGAGAAACUCUGCUACGUGGCCCUGGAGCCCGAGGAGGAGCUCUCUCGGCGGGCAGAAGACGUCCUGAGGGAGUACAAGCUGCCCGACGGGAACAUCAUCUACAUCGGAGACCAGCUGUACCAGGCUCCCGAGGUCCUGUUCUCGCCAGACCAGCUGGGCACCCACGGCCCAGGGCUGGCACAGAUGGCAUCCAACAGCAUAGCCAAGUGUGACACUGACAUACAGAAGACGCUGUUCGGGGAGAUUGUGCUGUCCGGGGGCUCCACGUUGUUCCAGGGGCUGGACGACAGGCUCCUGAAGGAACUGGAGCAGCUGGCUUGCAAGGGGGUCCCCAUCAAGAUCACGGCGCCGCCCGACCGCUGGUUCUCCACGUGGAUUGGCGCCUCCAUUGUCACGUCUCUGAGCAGCUUUAAGCAGAUGUGGAUCACGGCUGCAGACUUCAAGGAGUUUGGGGCUUCCGUGGUCCAGAGACGGUGUUUCUGAAGGAGUGCUUCACGCUCCCGGUAACCACAUUGUCCCGUGCAAGGGGCACCCUUGGGAAGUCAACUAUCCCCACGGCUUUAAAACCAUAUUCAAUAAAAGAAUGGUGAAGCAUUUG